AUCAAUAAUAAUGAGAUGGUUUUGCAGCUCUUAAUACAUCUUUCACUCUUCUGGGAAGACUUUCUACAAGAUUUUGGAAGUCCCACUCAUCCAGAAGAGCAUUUGUGACGUCGAACACCAAUGUUGGAUAAGAGGACCUGGCAUGCAAUGUCCAUUCUAGUUCUUCCUAAAGGUGUUCCAUGGGGAUUUAAGUCCGGGUUCCCCAAACUUACCCACCAUGACUUUAUGGACCUUGUCGUAUGCACUGGAGCAGGAGGAAAAAGCGGAACCUUUUGGGAGGCCCUGAUCUCAAUCCAGACCAUUAAACACGAUUGUGUUUCGGAGGGUAUCUCCUCCUUCAUCAGGUUGCCAAUCUGAUGAAGGAGGAGAUACCCUCUGAAACGCGUUAUUGGAAGUCUGUCAAUAAAUAUAGUGCCUCUUGGCACUUUUCUCUGACACAAUUGUGUUUAAUGGUCUGAAUUGCGAUCAGCGCCUUCAAAAGGUUCCGCUAUUUCCUCCUGCUCCUUCUGCACUUGUACGGGUGAAGAUUCUAGCCUCUCUCUUUGGACCUUGGGCCUUGCAGCUCGCUUCCUCUUCCACUCCAGUACUCCAAAGGGGGGAUAUGCCUGUUUUUACAUCUAUCUGGUGAGCACCAAAUUUAAAGAGUCUACGCCAGCCAGUCCUGGUUGGGACUUUGGUGCCUGGGAUAAUACACGCGGCGCUGUCCUCUCUCUCCCCUCCUUUUUUCUUCUUUCCCUCUACAGGUAUGCACUGGAGCACAGUCCUGCUGGGACAGAAAUGGGUCGAACCCUAGCUGUUCCCACACAGUUGAAAACAAUUGUCAAAAAUGUCUUUAUAUGCCGAAAUAAGGGUAAUUAUAAUUUCAGUAAGUCGCGUGACUUCCAGUGCUACGUCCAUUCACUUUCAUUCUGCAUAGCUAAAGCAAGCAGUGUAUGGACUUGCUGUAACUCCCAUUAAAGUGCACUUUAUGUCAAGUUCUGCCUACCUAAGGAGCUUGGCGCAAAGUGCCAAAAAGUGGCAACAUUUUUGCGCAAAGUGGGUAUUUGAGCAAAAAAAUUGCGACCCAUCCCCACCCCUAUAGUGUCAGUGAAUAAAGAUUAACCUACUUCAUCUAUAUGCAUCUUUCCAUGCUGAAAACAAUUGCUUAAAAGGUUUUAGAAGAUUAAGGCUUGGCUUAUGAUGUCAUUUCAGGUGAGAUGGGGGUCGCUCAAACUGUAUAGCAGCUCUGAAUCCCCAGUACAGCAGAUUGACUCUAGAUUUUCAAGCAAAAGCCAAUGUAUGAUGAACCUCAAGAAAUAACAAAGUAUGAGAAGAAGAGCGAACUCUCCACCCCUCUCAUAGCUAACUGGCACCUACUGGUACCACAACAGACUCGUAAGGAGAGAUCAUGGAUGUGGUCCUGAAAGACAGCUCCUUCCUACAGCACAACACUUCAGACAGUGUGAGAUCAUCUGAUGGAGGAGAGACUGUCAUCGGGAUUUACCUCCUGCUCCUGGGCUGGUUCUCAUGGUUGGGGAAUGGAGCUGUAAUCUGCAUUAUGGGCAGACGCUGGAGGACAUUGGAUGCCCAGGAUCUCCUGACCUUUAACCUUGCUGUAUCAGAUGCUGGAAUCUCCAUUUUUGGCUACUCUCGAGGAAUUGUUGAGCUGUUUCAUGGACUAGGAAAGGAAACUAUCUGGCCUUGCAAUGUUGAUGGCUUUCUGAUCCUCCUCUUCGGCCUGAUCAGCAUUAACACUCUUACCGCAAUCAGUCUCCUCCGUUAUGUCAAAGGAUGUCAUCUCCAUCAAGCUUACAAGGUGGAUAAAGCCUUCAUUUCAGUGGCCAUUCUUGUCAUCUGGAUUUCUGCUGUUAUCUGGUCUGGAUCUCCAGUUUUGGGCUGGGGCAGCUUCAUAGAAAGUAAGUAUGGUACCUGUGAAAUAGACUGGUCCCUCGCCACGAGUUCCACACCGUACAAACUGUAUGUCCUCGGGGUCUUCCUCUCGGGCUUCUUCAUUCCGGUGGUGAUAAUGAUUUUCUGCUACGUGUCAAUCAUCAGGGCUGUUCAUAAAAGCCAUAGAAGUUCUCACGGUGGGGACGUCAGUCAGCGGCAGCUCAUGAUGGAAAGGGACAUCACACGGGUGUCAUUUGUUAUCUGCACAGCAUUUGUGCUAGCAUGGUCUCCUUACGCUGUUAUAUCCAUGUGGUCUGCUUGUGGCUAUCAAGUACCAGCCUCUACCACACUGGUAGCCACACUCUUUGCCAAGUCAGCAAGUUUCUACAAUCCUAUGAUAUAUCUGGGACUUAGUCCAAAGUUCCGACAAGAGCUCUGUGCCUUGUUUUGCUGCCUACAACAAAAGAAAUAUCUGCCUUCACAUUGUGAACAAAUUGUAAAACACUAUGAAGAAAAUAUUAGACAGUCAGACGACUGCAGCCAAACCAAUAGGACAGAAAACACAACAAUGCCUGAAAGUCUUUUAUCACGAGAUAAUAUAAAUAAAUUGUCAGAGAAUGGACGAGUAUGAGAAUUCCAGUCAUCUUACAUAUGGCCGUGACUUUAUGAUCAGUUGAAGUCCAUCCUCUGGAAAAUCCCACCACCAGUGAUAAUGUGGGGGCCGCAGCACUGGUUUAGCAUUGUAUGACCCAGCCAGCAUUUGUGCAGAGAACUUGAGCAUGGCCCCAUUUAAGUGACUGUAGCCAACUAAAGGGGUUAUCCAGCAAAAGAAAAGCAGAGCUAAUUUCUUCUGAAAACUGAACCACACCUGUUCUCAGGUUAUGUGUGGAAUUACAACUCGGCUCCAUUCAUUUCAAUGGAAUUUAGUUACAUGUGUUGGGGUGUUUUUGUAAUGAUGGACAACACCUUUAGGGUGACCCAACCCAUUUUGUGCCUUCAGCUGUUGCCACCCAUACCCCCAAAGUCGCGAUGUCUGAGUGCACUGCGCAUGUGCAGUGUACUCAGACAUCGCGGCUGCUCUGCAAUGUCAGAGUGCACUCGGCGACUCGAUUGCCGCUGCGAGCAGGCCAGGAGCGGGGGCAGGGGGUGUCAAUAGCUGGAGGCACAAAAUGGGUCAGGUCACCGGCAGAUCCGCAGUGUAAAAUACGCUAAAAAUCCGUUACGUGUGACCCUACAUUAAAGGGGUAAUCUGGUAUUUGGGUAAAAAAAUUAUAUGUAGCUGGGGCCCAUAAAAAUAGGAAAAAAAGGCAAUACUUACCUACUCCUUGUCUCCAGAUUGCACCCCACUGCUCUCAUUUUUCUCCUUCCAGUCUAUCAAUGAUUCUGUCUUCUUCCUACUUGCGAAACAAGUGCUCAGUGCAGGAACGGCCCACUCAGGCAAUGACUGGCCACAGUGUCCCACCAUCCACUGAUUGGCUGAGUGGGCAGCUCAUCCCAAAAGCAGGUACAAGACAGAAGCAUCAGGGAACUGGAUGGAGAAGAGCAGGAGCUUUGAUGGACAAUCUGGAGACAAGAGGGAAGUAAGUUUAUUUUUUUAAUACAUUUAUAUCCAAACUCCAGAAUACCCCGUAAAAUUGGAAAGGGUCUCUGAGGUUGGAUCCUCACUGAUCAUAAAGCAAUUGUUUAUAUAUAUAUAUAUAUAUAUAUAUAUAUAUGUGUGUAUGUCAUAAUUUUACAAGAUGGGAAUAACCAUUUGAUGGCAUUAAGUUAUAGUUUACAGAUAUAUUUAAUAUUUACACGUGUACCUUUCUUGUCUUUUUUUAUGAUAUGUUACACUCUUUAAAAUUAAAAUUUGAACAACAAGAAGGAAAAGUCAUGGAAUUAUGGAAAUCGUAGGAAUGAAAAACAUGUUAAGCCCCUUUCACACUGCCGCUGUGCCCUGUCGGAAAACAUCCGUUAGGCUCUUCUUUUUUUUGUCUUUAAUAAACAUUAUCAGGACAGUGUACAACCGGCAACAACGGAUCCUAUUCUUAUCCUAUUUACUAUUAUGGGGUCAGUGGGCGCUGUUGUUUUUUAACGGGAAUAGUAGUAGAAAAAGAUUGCACUUGCAGUAUUAUUUUCUCUCGCCAUUCUCCCCAGGUUCCCUAAUGUGUGUUGCACUGCCAUGUCACAACGGCAGCGUUAAAGGAGCCUUAAUAAUAGGGUAAUGAUAAAAAUGGAACCAAAAUAUUCAAAACAUCUUAAUUUAUUUAGCAUUGAGUGUAAGCACCACGUGAAGAAAUACACACACUUACUCACCUUGGCAUGCAAAGUUAUUAACCCUUCAAAAUUUAAUUUGUGGCUUCUAAGACCCAGAACUUUUUUUUUAUUAUACUGAGUUGCAUUAGGUGAGGAAGGUGAAAAAUCUCUCUUUAGGUGCCGCAAGUCCAGGAGACAUUCAAAGAGAUGAUAACAUCAGUUAAGAUGAGUACUUAUUCCAGAAACAUCACCAAUAAAGUGCCAAGUAUGAAAUGGGAGAGGUUAGGCUUCCCUUAAUUAUAGCGUCCCGAACUACCUUUUCACUGGUUAAUCCGAAUUGUUAUUCCCCGAAACAAGUUGGUGAUGUUUCUAGAAGAAAUAUUUACAGAUUUUAUCAUCUUUAUGAGUGUCUUCUCGACUUGCAGUGCCUAAAGAAGGUUUUUUCAUUUUGGCUCUUCAUCUUCUCCUGUGGACUGGUUUCCCUGGCUCUUCACUACCCUAUGGCUCAGCAGUGCUUCCUCUGAUGGAUUCCUUACCCCAACUGCGGGUUCUAUGCAUAUUUUAUAUGCACUCAAGGUGAGCAGUAUAUAUCUAUCCUAUAGGUCUCUCCUGAUAGUGUCUCAGAUAAUGCACUAGGCGCCCUUUGUGAGGCAAGUUGUACAUUUUUAAUUGGCACACUUUACAGUGGUCCCUCAACAUACGAUGGUAAUCCGUUCCAAAUGGACCAUCGUAUGUUGAGGGAUCCGUGCAAUGUAGAGUAUAGGACA